AUGCUGAGAGUUCGAUACCUGAUUACAUCAAAUCAUAAACAAAUAGUAUUAAAACCAAGUUACCCAUUAGAUCAGUAUUGCAAAUUUACAGAUUCUAUUGCCGAACUCUAUACGGCGUAUAAGUGUUACAAUAUACAUUCAAAUUUGUUGAAAGUCUUCAGUGUUACCAGCAUUUUACUACUCAAGCUAAAUGCCGCACUUUUGGUGUUCGAAAAUAGGUCAUGCCAUCUUAGUGUCCAAUAA